AUGGCUCCCGUCAAAGCCUGGGCUGCCUUUGCUGCCCUUUCCCUCGUUUCCACUGUCCAAGCCUGGCACGUUGAGCUGCCGCCUUGCCUCGACAACUUCCAGCCCUUUGUGAACUCUGGCUGUUACGCAAACACCGAUGGCAAGUCUAUGCCGUACCGCUCAUCCACGAGCUCUCGUGAGAUGACUGUCGAGAAGUGCACUGCCGAAUGCAAGGGCAACGGAUACCGCUAUGCCGGCCUCGAGUACUACGGCAUCUGCUACUGCGGCAACACCGUCAACGGCGCCGAGCUUGCCGCCGGAGAUUGUAACUUUCCCUGCAACGGCGACAAGAACGAGACCUGCGGCGGUGACAGGAAGCUUUCCGUGUUCGAGGACCGCACCUUCCCCGCCACUGACGCCGUGACCAUCGAAAACUAUGUUGACACGGGCUGCUGGACCGACCAUUCCCAGAUCGGCAAGUCUCUCUCCUGGCCCCAGGACCAGCUCGACAAGUCCGUCAUGACCCCUAGCCUCUGCACCGAGGCCUGUCGCCAGGGCGGCUUCCCCUAUGCUGGUCCCUCCUCCUCUUCCUCUGCCGUCUCGACUUCUACCACCUCACUUUCUUCCAUCUGGACGACUGUCGUCUCUUCGACCUCCUCCACCGCUUCUUCCUCGUCGUCUUCUUCUUCUUCUUCUUCUUCUUCUUCUUCUUCCUCUUCCUCUUCCUCUUCCUCCUCCUCCUCUUCUUCUUCCGGCUCCUCCACCUCUUCUUCCUACUCCUCCUCCUCCACUUCUUCUUCUUCCUCCUCCUCCUCUUCCUCUUCCUCCUCCAUGACCACUUCUUCUUCUUCCUCCUCCUCCUCCAUGACCACUACUGCCUCCUCCACCACCUCCUCCACAACAGCUCCUUGCGACACGGAGACUCCCACCUCCUCCACCACCUCCUCUUCUUCUUCUUCCUCCUCAUCUUCUUCCUCUUCCUCCUCCUCCUCCACAACAGCUCCUUGCGACACGGAGCCUCCCACCUCCUCCUCCACCACCUCGACCCAGGCACCUCCCCCGCCUACGACCACCGUGCCUAUUACAACCACCCGGCCCACCAUCACCACCACCAGCACUAGGUCUCCACCAGUUUGUACCACCGUGGUUGUGACCACGCCCAAGCACGAGUACUGCUGUGGCAACUGGUGCUCUACCCCCAUCCCUGAUUUCAACAACUGGGAUACGUGCGCCAAGGCAAAGGCCAAAUGUGGCCUCCAGGUUGCGGCUUGCAUGAACCAGGCGGGUUGGCCUGGUGCUAUUCAGUGCUUCAACUUCCAGCAGUGGUGCCAAAACAUCGACAUGUUCUGUGGCUGGAUGUGUCGGCCGGGCUGGGACUGGUCGUGUUCCAAGAACAGCUACUUGAACUUCUACAAGCCCAUCGGCGGCGACAGCAAGCCCGUCACCUCGACCUCGACCUUCCCCUGCACCGCCACCACUACCACGACUAUGCCUCCGGCCACAACGACCGCAGUCGUCCCCCCGCCAAAGGGGAUUUGCAUCCAACCCUCCAACCCCUGGUGGGGCUACGGUCCCGGCAACCCUGUCGGCAAGAUUCCGCUCCCCGUCGUCACGUGCAACGACCUCGAGCACGAAUUCAAGGGCGGUAACCCAUUCAAGCUGUACUCAAACUCCGAAUCCAGCAAGUGCCGCUCCUACAAGCGCCCGAAUGUCCCGUCCGCUUGCGCCGACGCCUGCCGCCAUCAAUACGACAGCUGCAACGCCGUGUAUGCCAAGGGUUGCUGGAGCUUCAAGAGCUGGCGCAACCGCCGUGAAAUCGGAGCUUCUGAUGAAGCACCCGUGUCUGCAGCGCUGGCUGACCGCUCGCCGAAUCUUGAUGCUGUCAUCGACAAGCGCACCUUUGGCCAGUUUUUUGGCGACAACUUCUGGGAUGCCACGAACAAGUGCAAGGCCCAAUACGAUGACUGCAUAAAUGUCAACAGGGGUGUCACCGGUGCUGGCGUGUGCUGGUCUUUUGGCACGUGGUGGUAA